UGUGUGAGCUGUGAUUGGUCACAGCUUGUCACAUGGUACAAGGCUGUUGUGAAUAGCCUUGUACCAUGUGACCUCUGUGAUCAUUCACAGAUUUCACACGUAGUAAACAAUGAUGUCAGAAGUGAAAUCUUGCUUACUACUAUUCAGAGGUCCCGUACAGUGAUCGGUGUUCCCAGGGAGCGCGAACAGUCCAAAAUGACGGGCGCCGUUUAUGAACGCCAAACCCACUCCUGCACUGCCCCCAUCCGGCUGUUUAUAUACAUGGGCCAGACGGGA